AUGAAUGGGUCACCGUGGAGCUCGGCCAUGAAUUUACCCAACAAUAUUGCAGUCACAGCCGCCGAAGAUGUAUACGUCUCCGAAGGUAACUCGUUGAAAGUUGGCACUCUCAAUUCCCUGCUUUUUGACCAGAUCGACUUGGCAGCAGCCCAAGGAAUCAAUAUCCAAGAUCUCAUCCUCAAUGACCAAGAAUGUUUUCUCGCUCUUGUUGGAACUUCUUCUCUUGCAGUAGCAGACUUGUCGUCGGUCCACAAGAGUGCCUCCAAUACAAGUGUCUCGAUCUAUAAGGUGGGAUCAUUCAAGGAUCGGAUUGUCUCUGCGCUCUGGCAUCCAGCAUCUGCCACCAAGACGCAUUUGGUUGUUCUCACACAAACCUCGGUGCAAAUAUUUGACUUGGCGCUUUCGUGUGUUGAUGCCCAGCUCAAGAUUGACCUCACUGAGUACCCUAAAUUUGGCGGUGACAGCGCCGUAUCUAUGGCCUUUGGCUCCCACUCGAGCUAUCUUGGUUCAAUUACUCUAUACAUUUCUACAGGCAAGGGAAGUGUACAUGCUCUUACUCCAUUCAUUUAUGAGGGCUUUCCUCAAGCUUUCACUGGGCUGAUGAUACAUGAUCUCUUGAAGGAACGCGAGGAUUUAAAAGACCUUACCAAUGCAAACAUCCCACCAGCAUCCAUCUUCAAUGAUUUUCGGAAUGCUUUCCUGGAUCAAGAAGUGUUUGCAGCAGACUUGGAUAAUCUAUAUCAGUCGCUUCACAUUUCUGAUUUCCCGGAUGAGAAAGAAUGGAACUUCAAAGCUGCUGGAAUCAAAUCGCCAAGGCUUGUUGGUCCCCUCACUCAAGUAGAUCCACGAAGCCGAAUCAUCAACGCAUCUCCCAAGCAUAGAUUCACGAUUCUUGCCUCUUUGAGCGAACAAACAAACGGAGGUGUGCGUGUAUCAUACUUGGCUCAACUCUCACCAUUGAUAUAUGCAUUCAACGAUCUUGCGGAGAUUGGACCCGAGCCAAAGAAGCCGGAGCCAAAGAAGCGGGAAGAGCCAAAAGACAAAUAUGUCAAACCACGCCGAGGUUUCGGAUUCGUCGUGGUUCCUGGCGGUGAUAAAGCCACAGAUGAUGGCUUGAGCAAGGAGGAAGAACAUUACAAAAAAUCAUUAGAGGACUAUAAAGCUAAAUUGAAAGUCGCUUCAUUCAUCAAGACGACAUUUAACGUGUUGACUAUAAUCUCCAAAGACAAUGUGAGCCUAGGAGACAAAGCUGUUGAAAAUAUCAAAUUUGCUGCUAAUGAGUCAUGGCUUGUUUUAGCUGGGGACAACAAAAUAGUAGCGGGAGACGUCAGCAAAGCUGCUGAUCAACUUCUCGACCCUAGCUGUGAAGCAUUCACUGUUAAAUACUAUCUGAAAUCCAAAACUUCUGGUAGUGGCUUCUGCUUCUACACCUCCAACGAAGAACUUCUUAGCAUCUGUUCGUGGCAGAACGCUAGCAAGCCACAGGUUGUCAAUGUUGUGGGUGAGAAGACAUCUACAACAGACCCACAGUUGGCGGUAUCUUAUGAGUUAGAGACUCGAAGUCGCACGCCCGGUCUGAAAGCUGCACUGCCUGCAAGAGAGCUAAGAUUAUUUUUGGAGGGUGCGGGCAAUCUUCCAGCCAUCAGCAAGAUUGAUGAAAACUCCUCCAAAUCCUUAGAAGAGAUCCACAACGUCUCCAGUUUGACGGUGCAGCGCCUUCAAAAAUUAACCGGGUUCAUUCUCACCUUACAAUCUGUUCUAGCAAUUCAACACGGAGAAUUGCAUUUGCAAAGACAGGGGUUGAGCGAGAUUGCAGCUAAGAACUUCUCUUCCCAACAUGAAGUCACACAAAAUCGCAUCCAAGCAUUACUAGAAAGGCAAAGUAAACUAGCCGAUAAAGCAAAGAGGAUCCAAGAUCUGUUGCUGGAGAGAUUCGAGGAGAGCAAGAAGAAAUUUCAGCUUCCGCUUUCAAAUUCCGAGCGUGCUUGGUUUAAAGAACUCAACUCCAUCACCAAGAAAAUAACUGUGGGUGAUGAGGAUUGCCUAGGGUUGCAGCUGAUUGUGUCUGAUUUAACACAAAAGGUGGAGGCAAUUGAAAGCGUUCCAGAGACAGCAGAGGAAAAAUUAGCCAAGACCUUGUCGGAUUUGCUGAUGGAUAAGAAUUGGAAGAGACUUAAUUUCAUAUUGAAACACGAAGGUAACGAAAUUGAUAAUGGAAAAGAAAAGAUCGAAGAAUUAUUAUCUCGUGUUUCGAGUCUUAAUUUGGGAGUUCCGGUUUAA